AUGACGGCAAAGAAGAAGAGCAACGCCGGCGAGAAGGCCCCCACCGCCGCUGCCCCGGUGCAAAAAGAAGAAAAGAAGCCCCAGAAAAGCAACGGGGUGAGCAGUUCCGCAGCAGCCCAGGCGCCGGCGCGCAACUCUGGGAAGAAGAGCGGCGGCAACAGUAGUAGUAGCAGCAGCAGCAGCAACAAUAGUACCAGCAACAGAAGAAGCUGUCUGAGCACCCUAUGCUCCGUGCUCUUCUACGCGGCCAUGAUCGGAGGCGCCGGCCUAGCCGCCUUCCACUUGCAGAAAGUGGUCGAGGAGAUCCGACAGACAAGCGCAAAAAACUCAGAAAGCGCACAAAUCAGCGCCGAGCUCAGCGGCAAAAUGGAGAGCGUUGUUCAACAGGUGGCAUCUCUGAAAGGUGCAAUGGCCAGUCUGGAGUCAUCAUUUGGUGCAACCCGUGCAGAGGUGGAGGGCGCCUUGACCAGGAUCGCACGGGGCGAGGAGGAGACCAGGCGAGUGGAGGAAACCCUUCAAAAGCUUCAGAACGACCUCCUCCGGGAGCUCUCAGAGGGCAUGGGUGAAGUAAAGGAGGCCCGCGAGCGUGACUUCUCUUCCCUUGAGACGACGGUGGAGCAGCGUCUGGAGGAGGUGAGCCGCUCGGUGCGUGCCAGCGUGGCUGAAUUCACCGAGGCACAGGGCGAGGCCCGCAACCAGUUGGCUGAUCUGGAGGCCCGACUGGGCGGCAUCGAAGACCCGGCCGCUGUCAAGCUAGAGCUAGCCGCCAUCGUUGACGCGGUGGCCGAGAUCAAGGUGGCCAAGCAGGACGCAGACUCGAUGGCUGCGUCUGUCCGGGAGCAGAUCCAAAAAGUGAGGGAGGAGCUUCAAACACGCAGCCAGGAAGUAGAGUCCAUCUCCCAGGAAGUGGAAUCCGUCAGGUCGCUGGUGCAAGACACGGUGGGAAACCUCAAGCUGUCCGUGUCCGGCGCCGAGGCGCAAGUCCAAGCCCUCGGGGACCGAACAGGGACUCUGGAAAGCGGCUUGGAGCGGGCAUCUGAGAAGGCCCGUGACAUGGAGAGCAAGCUCAACGAGGUCAAUGCGCAGACACAGAAAAGAGUUGAAGACAUAGAAGGCCGGAUCAGAGCUUCAGAGGAGAGCUCUGAUUCCAUCACUGCCAAGGUAGAGUCGCUCCUUUCCCAGCUGGACACCCGUGAAAGCGACCUAGCGGGGUCUGGAGUCUCGGGGAAGGAGAUGAAGGCGCUGAGCGAAAACCUGGCGGCGUUGAAAGCCAGCGUCACGGUUGUGGAGGGGGUGCAGGACUCGCUGGCUGCUGCUGACUCGCUGACAGUCGGGCGGCUGGAGGGGCUGGAAAGGCUGGCGGCCACGGCGGCCGAAGAGCACGCCGCCGAGCUGGAGGAGCAGCGACAAGCCAUCGCUUCCAUGCGGGCGGCUCUAGGCGAGUACGCCCGCACGCUGGCGGAAUUAUCUCAAGGAGCUGCUGGCCAAACGCAAGAAGAAUAA